AUGGGCCGACAAAGCUUUUCUGGGAAGUCCAUUCUCAUUGUGGGCGGAACCUCUGGCGUUGGUUUUGCGAUCGCUGAGGCAUGUGUCGAGCUGGGUGCGAGAGUAGUGGUUGUGAGUCGGUCACAAGACAAGGUCAACAUGGCUGUGGAAAGACUCAAGCGGUCGUACGAGGAUGCGAUUCAAAGAGUCCAAGGAUACGUGUGUGACCUGGCUGGCGGAGAAGUAGAGGCAGAACUGGCCAAGCUCUUCGAGGUUAUAACCGACAAAGGAUCGAACCUUAUUGAUCACGUUGUCAGCACUGCUGGAAGCCAUCCGAACACCAUGACAUUAGGUGAGGCCACAUUAGAGAAUAUGGUCAGCGCCAGUAGACAUCUCUUCAUUGGGGAUGUACUACUGGCUAAAUUAGCAUUGAAGCAUCUCAGACCUGCAGACACUUCCUCCUUCACAAUGACUGGCGGAGCAGGCACGCAGAAGCCACCGCAUGGCUGGAGUCUUUGGGCUGGCAUAGGGGGAGCAAAAGAUUCCUUGACACGUGGCCUAGCUGUUAGUAUGAAGCCUAUCCGGGUGAAUCUUGUCUCGCUAGGAGCGAUUCAGACAGAAUUAUUUGACGAAGCUGGGGGAAAAUGGGGCCAGGAGACUUUGGAAAAGGCUGCGAAGACUGCAUCGUUGUUGGGAACUAUCGGGAAGCCCGAAGACGUCGCUGAGACUUAUUUGGCGCUUAUGAAGAAUAAAUUUGUGACGGGGACUAUCAGUAUGGUUGAAGGGGGCGCUUUACUGAAUUAA